UUACCCAUUUUCCAUUGGCAAAGAAAAAGACUUACCCUUUUGGCCCUCUCUCUCUCUCUCUCGUCCUCCUCCAUCUUCUAUACUUUUAUAUUCUUCAAGUCGAUCUUUUUCUCCCCCAUCAUCUAUGAACUUUUUUUCCUCCCCUAUCUAACCUACCAUCCUUCCCACCCCACCCCAAAACCUCUACAACUCACUCUGCACUUUUUUCCCUUUUUAAGUACACAUACAUAUACACAUCUCUAGCUAUAUAUAUACAAAUCAACUUCUUAAUUAGCCCUUGUAAGUUCCUCUACAUCAAACAUAACCAUUCACUUGCCUCCCCAUCCCACCCCUCAAAACCAAGAAAACAUGGCUGAAGUUCAAGAAAGUCGCAUCUCACAAGGCAUCAAAUUGUUUGGUGCAACAAUACAAGUUCAACAAAAACAAGCCAAAAGUCAUGAUCAUCUUCAUAAUCAUCAUCAACCAACAAAAAACAAAGUUGAUGAUCACCAUGAUGAUGAUGAUGAUCAAGAAAAAAGACCGGACAAGAUCAUCCCUUGUCCUAGGUGCAAAAGCAUGGAAACCAAGUUUUGUUACUUCAACAACUACAAUGUUAACCAACCAAGACACUUUUGCAAAGGUUGUCAGAGAUACUGGACGGCCGGUGGGGCCCUACGGAACGUGCCCGUAGGAGCGGGCCGUCGUAAGGCCAAGCCGCCUUGUGGGCCCGGCCCGCAAGGCGAUAUGGCCGGAUUAUCAGAUGGUUGUUUCUUUGAUGUUACUAAUAAUAUUCAUGGUAAUAUUAUUAACCAGCUUGACUUUGAUGGAGUAGUUGCUCAUGAGGAUCAAUGGCAUCUUUUUCAGGCAGCCAAGAGGAGGAGGAGCACCUCUGGUAGCCAAUCUUGUUGAUUCCCUAUUUGUCUUUUAGUGCUUAAAAAUUAAGUAUUCUAUGUACGUGGAAUUAGUAAAUGAAAACAACAACAAAAAAAAAAAUGGAAUGAGAAAAAAAAAAAAACAUUUGCAGGCUGACUUUGCUUCCUUGAUUGUAUAUACAAGCUGUCUUUAAUUACUUAAACAAAGUUGUCUUAGUUAA